AUGGCGGCUCCCCGGCGGAAACAGCGAGAGACCGUGGCCAUGUCUCCGGCUGGCGCGUUAAGGGAUGACGCCAUUUUUGUUACUGCCUGGCCAGCCUACCCAGUAAUAGUUCUUUCUUGCCCCCUUGUUCCAGGCUGCAGUGUGUGCUGCAAGUCUUCUAGGAAUCAGUUGCAGGACCUGUGCCACCUGGCUAAGUUAUCCUGCCCUGCCCUUGGCAUCUCUAAGAGGAACCUCUAUGACUUUGAAGUCGAGUACCUGUCCUAUUACAGGAAGAUCCGCGAACAGGAAUAUUACCUGGUAAUGUGGCGGGGAUACCCAGACUCUGAGAGUACAUGGGAACCACGGCAGAAUCUCAAGUGCUUGCGCAUUCUCAAGCAGUUCCACAAGGACUUAGAAAGGGAGCUGCUCCAGCGGCACCGCUGUUCAAGGCCACCCUGGCACCUGGACCCAAGCCUGGCCAACUAUCUGGUGCAGAAGGCCAAGCAGAGGCAGGAACUGCGGCGGUGGGAGCAGGAGCUCAAUGCCAAGCGCAGCCACCUAGGGCGCAUCACUGUGGAGAACGAGGUGGAACUGGACGGGCCGCCGCGGGCCUUCGUGUACAUCAACGAGUACCAGGUUGGUGAGGGCAUCACACUCAACCAGGUGGCUGUGGGCUGCGAGUGCCAGGACUGUCUGGGGGCACCUGUUGGAGGCUGCUGCCCGGGGGCCUCACUGCACAAGUUUCCCUACAAUGACCGGGGCCAGGUGUGGCUGCGAGCAGGGCUGCCCAUCUAUGAGUGCAACUCACACUGCCACUGUGGCUAUGACUGCCCCAAUCGUGUGAUUCAGAAAGGCAUCCUUUACGAUCUCUGCAUCUUCCGCACCGAUGACGGGCGCGGCUGGGGUGUCCACACGCUGGAGGAGAUCCGUAAGAACAGCUUCGUCAUGGAGUACAUGGGAGAGAUCAUUACCUCAGAGGAGGUGGAGCGGCGAGGCCAGAUCUAUGACCGCCAGGGCACCACCUAUCUCUUCGACCUGGACUACGUGGAGGAUGUGUACACCAUGGAUGCCGCCUAUUAUGGCAACAUCUCUCACUUCGUCAACCACAGUUGUGACCCCAACCUGCAGGUGUACAACGUCUUCAUAGACAACCUUGAUGAGCGGCUGCCCCGCAUCGCCUUCUUUGCUACAAGGACCAUUUGGGCAGGCGAGGAGCUCACCUUUGAUUACAACAUGCAAGUGGACCCUGUGGACAUGGAGAGCACCCGCAUGGACUCCAACUUUGGCCUGGCCGGGCUCCCCAGCUCCCCUAAGAAGCGGGUCCGUAUUGAGUGCAAGUGUGGGACUGAAUCCUGCUGCAAGUACCUCUUCUAGUCUAUGGAAGUCUGAGGCCAGAGUGACCAUGGGGGUCCGAUGCCGCCUACCCACCCAUCCACCACUGCCCUCCUGUUGCAGGAGUGACUGCCAGGGCCUCCUGCCUGCCUCUGCCUGUCCCCACAUACUCCCCGCUCUGGGCUGU